CAUUCAGCCGCAGCCGUCCGGGCGGAGCGCGUCCCGCAGCCGGCUUGUCCCCGUCGCGGCCCGGGCGCUCGCCCCGGCUCGCCCGCCCGGUGCGGAGCUCGCCAUGGCGGCCACGGGCCCGGAGCGCUUCUCGAGUGCAGAGCCGGAGCCCAGGAGCCUCUCCCUGGGCGGUCAUGUGGGUUUCGACAGCCUCCCCGACCAGUUGGUCAGCAAGUCAGUCACUCAGGGCUUCAGCUUCAACAUCCUCUGUGUGGGGGAGACUGGCAUUGGCAAGUCCACACUGAUGAACACGCUCUUCAACACGACCUUUGAGACCGAGGAAGCCAGUCACCAUGAGGAGUGUGUGCGCCUGCGGCCCCAGACUUACGAUCUCCAAGAGAGCAACGUGCAGCUCAAGCUGACCAUCGUGGAUGCCGUGGGCUUUGGAGAUCAGAUCAAUAAGGAUGAGAGGCCCAUCGUCGACUACAUCGACGCACAGUUUGAAAACUACCUGCAGGAGGAGCUGAAGAUUCGCCGCUCGCUCUUCGACUACCACGACACAAGGAUACACGUCUGCCUCUACUUCAUCACGCCCACGGGGCACUCCCUCAAGUCCCUGGACCUGGUGACCAUGAAGAAACUGGACAGCAAGGUGAACAUUAUUCCCAUCAUUGCCAAAGCUGACACCAUCUCCAAGAGUGAGCUCCACAAGUUCAAGAUCAAGAUCAUGGGUGAGCUGGUCAGCAAUGGGGUCCAGAUCUACCAGUUUCCCACGGAUGACGAGGCUGUUGCUGAGAUUAAUGCAGUCAUGAAUGCACACCUGCCCUUUGCCGUGGUGGGCAGCACCGAGGAGGUGAAAGUGGGGAACAAACUGGUGCGAGCGCGGCAGUACCCUUGGGGCGUGGUGCAGGUGGAGAAUGAGAAUCACUGCGACUUCGUGAAGCUUCGGGAGAUGUUGAUCCGGGUGAACAUGGAGGACCUCCGCGAGCAGACACACAGUCGGCACUAUGAGCUCUACCGGCGCUGCAAACUGGAGGAGAUGGGCUUCCAGGACAGUGAUGGUGACAGCCAGCCUUUCAGCCUCCAGGAAACAUACGAGGCCAAGAGGAAGGAGUUCCUGAGCGAGCUCCAGAGGAAGGAGGAAGAGAUGAGGCAGAUGUUUGUCAACAAAGUGAAGGAGACGGAGCUGGAGUUGAAGGAGAAGGAGAGAGAGCUCCACGAGAAGUUUGAGCACCUCAAGCGGCUGCACCAGGAGGAGAAGCGCAAGGUGGAGGAGAAGCGCCGGGAACUGGAGGAGGAGACCAACGCCUUCAACCGCAGGAAGGCAGCAGUGGAGGCCCUGCAGUCUCAGGCCCUGCACGCCACCUCGCAGCAGCCUCUGAGGAAGGACAAGGACAAGAAGAACAGAUCAGAUAUAGGAGUACAGCAGCCGGGCAUGAGCCUCUCCAGCUCUAAGGUGAUGAUGACCAAGGCCAGUGUGGAGCCCUUGAACUGCAGCAGCUGGUGGCCCGCCAUACAGUGCUGCAGCUGCCUGGUCAGGGACGCGACGUGGAGGGAAGGAUUCCUCUGAGGCAUCAGCUCCUUCACGUGGGGCCAGCCCAGGACCACCAGGGCGUGGAACUGGAGACCGUGAUUUUUAUGUUAGAACAGAAAACCCCAUACUUUUCAUAGAUCAAUGACCAAAAGUGCAAAAAACAAUUUACAUUGUCAUCAGGGAACAUUAAAUGUCGCCCAACCCUUUUCGAUCCCAUCCAUGGCCCCAGAAGGGGAUUGAGGCUUAAUACCCACUGUGCGGCCAAGCUAUGCUUCAACCCUGGUGAGAAAAAGACAGUCUGCUUUGUGACAUGGUCAUUAAGAGCCUAAAGUACCCACUUGACAGUGUUUCAGGUCUGACAAACAAGCAUACAGUUCAAGAUUAAGGUAGCAGAGAAGUUACUUAUAUGUGCUCGACAUGAGAAGAAAUGCUGCCGCUUGGCCACACUGGUCAGUUUUUAUAAUGGUACAGCCCUUCGUGAUUUAAUUGUCACACUUCAUAACAGACCAAAACCCCAUGACAUUUCCAUAUUACAUAAUUUUGCCUUACUAACAGAAUCCUAUCCUUAAGGAUGACCAUCAUUCUCUAACUAAAACAAAUACAAACUAACAUGACAUUUUUAAGUGCCAGAUCAAUAUGGUCUAAAGCCUCAGUAAGGAUUGUGUGUAGGUGAAUAAAAGACAGCUAAGUGAAUGUGUGUAAAGUGCAGCAAAAGCAGACAGAUUUUUAUGUACAGUAUUCAUAGAAUGGAAAGUUUAAUAUUUUUGCAGUGUGUAUUUAAAAGAGAAGCUCACCAUAAUAGUGCCGUCUAAAUAUCUUUGUAAAGUUAAUGUCCUUUAGAAGCGGGAG